AUGAUGAUGAACACACUUCAAGCUUUUAGGACAGCUUUAACACCAAACUUCCAUGUUCUGUCCAACGCCUCAAAACAUUCCAUUUCCAGAACUCAAUUCAUCUGUCUCUCGAAAUCCACCGGAGAUGGAACUUCAGAUUCUGACCAAGCCCCUCCAAAACCAGAAGGAGAUACUAGGAGACAAGAACUCUUAGCCAGGAUCGCCAUGCUUCAGACAUCGAAAGUCCGUUUAACUGAUUUCUUGGACGAACGUUCAGAUUACCUCACCAAGUUUGCUGAAGAAGCCAACGCUGAGUUUGACAAGGUUGGUGAAGACGCCAUGAAAGACCUCGACGAAGCUAGCUCAAGAAUAUUAGAGAACAUAGAGAGCAAGAUGCAAGCAUUUGAGGAAUCUGCUGGAUUAAACAGGUUGGAGAUAGAGGAGAAUGAUAAUAAGUUGGCUGAGUUUGAGGAGGAGAUAGUGGAAGGCAGGAACGAAGGAUUGUUCUUCAAGAGCUUACGUGAUAAAAAGCCUGUGGAUAUAGAGAAAGCUAAAGAAGAAACAAAGCGAAUACAAGAAGUUACUAAAGUAAGUGCAGGAUCAAAGUCAAGAAGGAACAUUUACCUCGGUUUAAUUGGGAUUUUGGUUGUCGCAAUUGCUGAUUCGUUUGUUUCUUCACCUGAUUGGAGAAAAGUUGCGGUUCUUGGAGCUAUUCUUGUUGCACUGCUUACUCAGUUCGUGUAUGAGCAGACAUUGUUAUCAGAAGAAGGAGAAGAUAAUGGUAAGGGAAACAAGAAGGAAUGA